UUAAUAGUGUAGCUGUCAAAGACGCUAGUGAUAGUUGAGAGUCGGAUGAUAAAUGUAAUUGACUUAAAAAUAUGUUGCAUGCAAUCUCUUUAAAACUCAUUUUAUUACAUUGUAUUUUUGAUAACGUGCGCUUUUUCCUUUUUGGCAUUGCUGUAAAUCGUUUUAAUUAACCACUUUCGAAAAUGUGUCGCUUUAUUUGUGGGAUAUGGAUAUCAUAGAAGCGCUAGUUUGUCAGUCAGAUUUAACUGUUGUUGAAACAUUAUCCGCUGUCGCCCAUUGUUUUCUUUUUUCUUUUUUACAACAACUUCUCCACGUCUGAAUUCUCUGGAACGCACAUCAAGGAGCUUUUGAGGGCUCAGCAUGGUGAACAGUCAGCUGGGUGGGGGUGUGGCGUCACCCCCCAGGUCAUGUGCAGGAUGCGGGGGGAAGAUCGCAGAACGCUUCCUGCUCUUCUCCAUGGAGCGCUACUGGCACACACGCUGCCUCAAGUGCUCCUGCUGCCACGCACAGCUAGGCGACAUUGGCAACACCUGCUACAGUAAAGGAGGCAUGAUCCUGUGUAGGAGCGACUAUAUCAGGUUGUUCGGGCACAGUGGAGCAUGCAGCGCCUGUGGCCAGUCGAUCCCGGCCAAUGAGAUGGUUAUGAGGGCACAGGGCAAUGUGUACCAUCUCAAGUGUUUCACCUGUGCCACCUGUAGAAACAGACUGGUGCCAGGCGACCGCUUCCACUAUGUUAACGGCACCAUCUUCUGUGAGCACGACCGGCCAGAGGCUGCACUGCUCAACAGCCACCUGCCCCCACUCCAGAGUAACCCUGUGCUGCCUGACCAGAAGGUGUGCUGAGUGGUUAGCCUUCAUCCUUCCCUUGUCUCCAGAGGUCUCUCCAUCCCUGCUCCUGAUACUGUUGUUGUGGAUCCUUUUUAAUUGAACCUUUUCUUAAACUAGGCAAGUCAGUUAAGAAGAAAUUCUUAUUUUACAAGGACGGCCUAAC